AGGGAAAGCUUCCGCAGAAAGAAAAAAUAAAAAAAAGCUAGAGAGAGAGAGAGAAAGAGAUUGUCAAUGUUAAUUUGAUUCUCCGUAUGGUUAAUUAGGGUUUCCUAUUUGAUUCCGUCCCCUUCCAGAAGCUGAGUCGCCCGCCUUUAUCACCACCGUCUAAUUCGUCUCCUUCCUCCUUUCUCCAAAAACCCUAACUUUGCUUCGGUGUCAGUGUUUUCACCUUCUCGGCUUGGAACUGGAGAAAUCAGUCAUGGGCGCCCCUGAAAAGUCUCAAUCUAAUUCCAAUUCUAUGCAGAGAGUGAAGGUUUAUCAUUUGAAUGAAGAUGGGAAAUGGGAUGAUCGAGGAACUGGGCAUGUUAGCAUCGACUAUGUGGAGCGUUCCGAAGAGCUUAGCCUUUGUGUAAUCGAUGAAGACGAUAACGAAAUGUUACUUGUGCAUCCCAUCAACCCUGAGGAUAUUUAUAGGAAACAAGAAGACACAAUAAUCUCAUGGAGAGAUCCAGAGCGUUCAACAGAAAUGGCUUUGAGCUUUCAAGAGACUGCUGGGUGCUCUUAUGUAUGGGAUCAAAUCUGCACUGCGCAGCGAAAUUUGCAUUUCAGCUCUCUGAACAGUGAGACAUUUCACAGCCUAAAUAGUGAGUUGAGGGAGCUUCCUGCUGUAGAGCUUACUACACUUCCCCUAAUACUGAAGAUUGUUUCAGAGAGUGGCAUUACAGAUCAGAUGCGUCUAACUGAACUUGUAUUGAAGGAUCAUGAUUUCUUCCGGAAUCUGAUGGGUGUGUUUAAAGUAUGCGAGGAAUUGGAAAAUGUUGACGGCCUUCACAUGAUAUUCAAUAUUGUCAAGGGAAUCAUUUUGCUCAACAGCUCUCAGAUAUUGGAGAAAAUAUUUGGAGAUGAGCUGAUCAUGGAAAUUAUUGGAUGCCUUGAGUAUGAUCCCGGUGUUCCUCACUCUCAGCAUCACCGGAAUUUUCUGAAGGAGCAUGUCGUUUUUAAGGAGGCUAUACCAAUUAAAGAUCCAUUAGUUCUGUCAAAGAUACACCAAACGUACAGAAUUGGCUACUUGAAGGAUGUUGUCCUGGCCAGAGUAUUAGAUGAUGCUAUUGUUGCAAACUUGAAUUCAGUUAUCCAUGCCAACAAUGCCAUUGUUGUUUCAUUGCUGAAGGAUGAUAGCACUUUUAUUCAAGAAUUAUUUGCAAGAUUGAGGUCACCUUCUACAUCUAUGGAAUCCAAGAAAAAUUUGGUAUAUUUCUUGCACGAAUUUUGUAGUUUAAGCAAGAGCCUCCAAGUGGUGCAGCAGCUCCGGCUUUUUAGGGACCUUAUCAAUGAAGGAAUUUUUCAUGUCAUAGAGGAAGUCUUGCAGAUUCCAGACAAAAAGCUCGUGUUAACUGGGACAGAUAUCCUGAUUCUUUUCUUGAAUCAAGACCCCAGCCUUUUACGUUCUUAUGUUCGCACAGAAGGAACCCCCCUUCUCGGUCUCCUGGUUAAGGGAAUGAUGGAGGACUUUGGUGAUAAGAUGCAUUGCCAAUUUCUAGAAAUUAUCCGAACAUUACUGGAUACAAAUGCAUUGGCAGGUGGAGCUCAGAGAUCAACUAUCUUGGAUAUUUUCUACGAGAAACAUCUACCUGAGAUAGUGGAUGUUAUUAGUGCCUCAUGUCCUGAGAAGCCAGGCAACAUAUCUGAAGGUCCAGCGAGAAGGUUUCGCACAAAGCCUGAAGUCCUAGUAAACAUAUGUGAACUGUUGUGCUUUUGCAUCAUGCAAGAUUCAUCCAGAAUAAAAUGCAGUUUUCUCCAAAACAAUGUGACUGAAAAGAUCUUGCAUCUCACACGGAGAAAGGAAAAAUACCUAGUGGUUGCUUGUAUAAGAUUUGUCCGUACUCUCCUAUCUGUACAUGAUGAUUUUGUCCAGAAUUACGUUGUUAAGAACAACUUGCUGAAACCGGUUAUGGAUGUCUUCAUUGCCAAUGGGAACCGGUACAAUCUGUUGAACUCUGCAGUCUUGGAUCUGCUUGAGCACAUACGCAAGGGAAAUGCAACUCUGUUGCUCAAAUACGUAGUUGAUACGUUCUGGGACCAGUUGGCCCCGUUUCAGUGCUUGACCUCGAUCCAGGCCUUUAAGAUCAAGUAUGAGCAGGUAUUGUUACAGGAUCUUGAUUUUUUAACUUUAGAAAAAACUACCUUUGUUCAAACAAUGUGUCUUCAGUGCUUAGAAAGCGCCGUACCGAGAAGCGCUGCUGAUGAGGUUGAUCCGAGAAGAAGAGUGGAGGAGCGUGCAUUGGAUAAAGAGGAGGAAGAUUAUUUCAACGAAGACAGCGACGAAGAAGAUUCUGCAUCUGCUUCUAAUACACAAAAGGAAAAAACUUCCUCUAAUACACAAAAAGAACAACAGAAACCUCAUCUUUCAAAUGGAGUGGCUGCAAGCCCUACUUCCUCCAGCCCGAGGUCUGGAGGCUUGGUUGACUAUGAGGACGAUGAAGAUGAUGAAGACUAUAAGCCGCCUCCUCGGAAGCAGCCAGAAGUCUCUGAGGAGGACGAAGGCGAGCUCCUUAUGCUGAAACGCAAAUCCCCUUCAGUAGAAAGGGAACAAGAGGCGUCCAAGAAAUCACGGUUGGGUAAAAACUCGAAAAGAGAAAAUGUAUUUGCCGUGCUAUGCUCGACGCUGAGCCAUGCAGUGCUAGCCGGUAAGAAAAGCCAAGGCACUACUGGAUCUGCACGUUCGAUUAUAGCUAAGGAACCAGAGGAGUCUAGAAGUAGUGAGGAGAAUAAUAGCAGCAGUUCAGACGAAAAUCAUAAGGAUGAUGGAGUUUCCAGUUCUGAAAAGGGAGCGUCAUCGGACAAUGGAAAGCUAAAUGGGGAAGAAUCCAUGGUAGUAGCUCAGAAAUCAUCACCUGAAAUGGCUGUAAAUGGAUCAUGA